AUGCCGUUUUGGAAGAAAGAUCCUGUGAAAAAAGAAAUAUUUACUAAUGUUGCUGAAGGCUUACGACAAGUUUAUAAAUCCAAAUUAUUACCACUAGAAGAAGCAUAUCGAUUUCAUGAGUUUCAUUCACCACAACUCGAUGAUUGCGAUUUUUCAGCAAAACCUAUGGUGCUUCUUGUUGGACAGUAUUCAGUUGGUAAAACAACAUUUAUUCGUUAUUUACUAAAUGAAGAUUUUCCGGGUAUUCGCAUUGGACCAGAACCAACCACUGAUUCAUUUAUUGCUAUAAUGAAUAAUGAUCAUGCUGGUACAAUUCCUGGUAAUGCCCUUGUUGUGGAUCCAAGUAAACCGUUCCGACCCUUAUCGAAAUUUGGCAAUGCAUUUUUAAAUCGUUUUGUUUGCUCACAAUUGCGUAAUGAAGUUUUAGAAACUGUUACAUUUAUUGAUACACCAGGUAUAUUAUCUGGUGAAAAACAACGCGUUGAUCGUGGCUAUGAAUUUACGCAAGUACUUGAGUGGUUCGCCGAUCGUUGCGAUCGUAUAUUGCUUUUAUUUGAUGUUUCAUCACUUGAUAUAUCCGAUGAAUUAAAACGAGCUAUUGAAGUUUUACGACGUAAUGAUGACAAGAUACGUAUUGUACUUAAUAAAGCUGAUACCGUUGAUCAUCAAGCCCUAAUGAGAGUUUACGGAGCAUUAAUGUGGUCAUUAGGAAAAGUACUUGGAACACCGGAAGUUUGUCGAGUUUAUGUUGGGUCGUUUUGGUCGAAGCCUUUGCAAUUUGAUUCAAAUCGACGUUUAUUUGAAUUAGAAACAAAAGAUCUGUUUGAUGACUUAGAAUCAUUACCGAAAACUGCAACACUUCGAAAAUUAAAUGAUCUGAUAAAACGUGCACGUUUAGCUAAAGUGCACGCACUCAUUGUUAGCGAAUUAAGAGAAAGUAUGCCAAGUGUUUUUGGAAAAGAUUCGAAACGUAAAGAAUUAAUUAAUAAAUUGCAUCUUGUCUAUGAGAAAGUUCAACGCGAACAUAAUAUUCCUCUUGGUGAUUUUCCAAAAAUAGAUCGUAUGCAGGAGUCAUUGCGUAAUAUGCAGGAUUUUACAAAAUUUAAAAUAUUAGAUAAGAAACUACUCGAACGAGUUGAUAGAAUGCUUGCCGAAGAUGUACCGAAGUUGAUGAGUAUGAUACCACAAGAAGAGCAUGCCUUUUUACAAUUACAAUCGCAGACAACACAAAAUACAACAGCAGACAAAAGCACAAUAUUUAAUGAUCAACAAUCAACGCCAUUUGAAUUGGGUGGUGUCGAAGGUAUUAAUGCAGGUCUCGGUGAAACCGAUUGGAUUGUUACACGAUCAAGACAUGAAUAUGAUGAAGUUUUUACUCACCUUUCACCACAAAAUGGUAAAGUUACAGGAGCAGCAGCUAAACAAGAAAUGGUUAAAUCUAAACUUCCAAAUAAUGUACUUGGUCGUGUAUGGAAAUUGAGUGAUAUUGAUAAAGACGGUAUGCUUGACAUUGAUGAAUGGGCUCUAUCUCAACAUUUGAUUAAAAUUAAAUUAGACGGUCACGAAUUGCCAAAUAUAUUGCCUGAUCAUCUUGUGCCUCCAAGUAAACGUCAUUUAAUUUCUGCUUCAAGUUCAGCAGAGGGGAAUUCUAGUAUUUACCCAGCGAUUAACAGUGUUACUGGUGGUGGCGAACAAAAUACAAGCGGAGAUAGUUAA